UUAAGCUGAAAAUUCCAGAAAGAAAAAUUUUGCACUUUAAAUGCCCGGAUGAUGCACUUAAGUAAUAAAGUGUAGAAUGUUGAACACUUCAUGCCCUCAACUGUAGCAGCUUUAAUUACGUAGCGAGGGAGGAGGGGCUAUCAAACUCCGUUUAUAAGUUAAAGAAAAAACUUAUAUAAUUCAUAUGGUCGACUACAUAGGUUAUAAGUGCAUAGUGUAAUUUUCGAUCAAGUGCAUCAUCCGGGUAUUUGAAGUGAACCUUUUCUUUUUUUUUGGAAUUUUAAAUGUGAACACACUGCAAACCCUUUUUAUGAAACAUCUUAGAAUAGUGCAUAAGUACCCAAUUUGGGACGCACUUUUUAGGCUACAUCUUGUCGUUACUAAAGCAUUUAAAUGCAGUUUAAAUCUUGCCUUUUUAUUUUCUGAAAAUAAAAAUCGGUUUAGUAUGUAUAGGCUACUUAAAAUGCCGCUCGCCCACGCCUCAGAAGGCUACUCGCACACUUCUUAUCGACAGUGACACUCGACUGUGAGUAGCUACAGUGUUUAUAUACAGCAUAAGUGAGCGUGAUGCUGAGAGCUCUGCUCUCUCACUAGUCACUUGAAACUCUGCAGGGGAGGAGUUGAGUAGCACCACAUGGCUAAGGCUAUAAAUCUGGGGUGACCCAUCUUCAGACUGAGCCGAAGGACUUACUAGGUCAGAGGGAUCCCAGAAGCGGACAAGCAUGCCGGCAAAACCAGCCCCGAUAAAGAAGUCGGCUAAAGCCGCCAAGAAGGAGGAACCGGCACCGGCACCGGCACCCGCACCCGAACCAGCGCCCGAGCCCGCUCCCGCACCUGAGCCCGCGCCCGCUGAACCAGCCCCCGCCGAAGCCGCUCCAGCGGAGGCAGCACCCGCUGAACCAGCCCCGGCAGAGGCACCUCCUGCUGAAGCACCCCCUGCUGAAGCCCCACCAGCCGAACCUGCUGCAGCUGAUGCUGAAGCACCCCCUGCUGAGGAAGUCAAAGCACCUACACCUCCUCCACCUGCAGAGCCCACCAGCGAGCCUCUCGAGCUCGGAGUUGAGGAUGUCAAUGACACUUCCGUCACUAUCUCAUGGAGACCACCAGCCACCAUUGGAAACUCUGGUCUGGAUGGAUACACUGUGGAAAUCUGCAAGGAAGGAACUGGUGACUGGAAAGCGGCUAACGAGGAGCUGACUGUGUCCUGCCGUUACAUCAUUAAGAACCAGACCACCGGUGACCGCCUGAACAUCAGGGUGGUGGCUGUAAACCCUGGCGGCCACAGCGCUCCUGCAACUCUGGCCGACGCUGUCCUGGUCAGAGAGGUUGUGGAUCGCCCCAAAAUUCGUCUGCCACGUUUCCUGAGGCAGCGUUAUGUGAAAAAUGUUGGAGAGAAAAUCAACCUUGUUGUUCCCUUCAGUGGCAAACCACAGCCUGUUGUGUCAUGGACAAAAGAUGGCCAGCCUAUAGAUACUAAAAAGGUGAACAUCCGCAACACCGACAGGGACAGCAUCUUCUUCAUCCGUGCCGCAGAGAGAGCCGACUCCGGCGUGUAUGAGAUGUGUGUGAAAGUGGACAGCUUUGAGGACAAAGCCCAGGUGACUCUGCAGAUUGUUGAGUUGCCUGGACCUCCAGCAAGCAUCAAGAUCGUGGACUCCUGGGGUUUCAAUGUUGCUCUGGAAUGGACUGAACCCAAGGAUAAUGGAAACACAACUAUCACUGGAUACACCAUCCAGAAGGCUGACAAAAAAACAGGGGACUGGUUCACAGUACUGGAGCAUUAUCACAGAAUGAAUGCCACUAUUUCAGACCUGAUCAUGGGUAACACCUACAUCUUCAGGGUCUUCACUGAGAACAAGUGUGGAAUCAGUCAGGAGGCCACUGUUACAAAGACCUCAGCCACCAUCCAGAAGACAGGCAUUGACUACAAGCCUCCAGAGUACAAGGAACAUGACUUCAGCGAGGCACCCAAAUUCACCACCCCCCUGGCAGACCGCAGCACAACUGUUGGCUAUAACACCAAGCUGCUUUGCUCCGUUAGGGGAUUCCCUAAGCCCAAGAUUCAGUGGAUGAAGAAUCAGAUGAUUAUCGGCGAUGACCCCAAGUUCAGGCAAAUCAACAACCAGGGCAUCUGCUCCCUAGAGAUCCGCAAGCCCGGCAACUUUGACGGUGGCGUCUACACCUGCAAGGCCAAGAACGAGCACGGAGAGGCCUUGGUGACCUGCAAGCUGGAGGUUAAACAGCCUGUGAUUGCUGAUGCUGAUAAGAAAUAAGUUCAACCCCCACAUUCAUACAGUCCCAAAGAGGAACAGAGAAAUGUGGGAUCCCUCUCGAAAGGAUUGUGAAGACCUCUUUUGCUGAUGAGAAAAAAAAAAACAUGUAUAUAUGAAAUAAAAAUCUAUAUAAAAAUAGAAAUUUUCCUCCCAUUUCAUAAUUGAAUGCUUGGUCUCACAAUAAUGAAAAAGCACAUAUAUUUAUUAUAUGCACGUUUAGAUCAGCAGCUGCCUGCAUGUAUUGAUUCUUGUCUGUGUAUCGCCACACAUACUCCAGUCCAGUGAUGUACCUCAGAUCAAGUCCCAUCCGGACCCUCAGGAGUGUUUGAUCAAUUAAAUGAUAGUCUUUCACCCACACAA